AUGAAAUCAAGUAAAUGUUGCUUAGCAUUUGAUAAAUUUAUUACUGGGCCUAGGGGUGAUGGUAAUCGAGAAUAAAUUGAAUAGCAUUUUGAGAGAGAUGAUUUUAAUUUGUUAUGUAGAGGCAAAAUCAAUAUUAAUAAAAAUAAUGAAGAUGCGGUUAGAGUUUAUUAAGAUGUGGGUAAUGCUUCUUUGAAAUCCAGUAAGAAUUGA